UAUUGUGUAUACCACCUGUUAAGCAACCUAAAAGCAACCUUCAAGAAGAAUGCAAGCAAGCUGGAUAAACCAUUCUUCGCUGCAGCCAGAGCAUACACAGAGAGGAAAUUUGAAUACCAUAUGAGCGAGUUGGACAGCUUGGACAUCCGUGUAAGACCAUAUUUACAACAAGUUGGAUACCACAAAUGGUCAAGAUACCACUGCAAAAACAACAGGUAUUCAACUAUGACUUCAAACAUUGUUGAAUCUCUAAAUGCAGCAAACUUGGCAGCUAGAGAGCUACCAAUCACAACACUGAUGGAGUCAUUGAGAGCAUUGGUUCAACAAUGGACAUACACAAACAGGAAAAAAGCACAGAAAACAACAACAUUUUUAACACCUACAGCAGAAAAGAAAUUAGUCGACAACUUUGUGGAAUCAUUGACAGAAAAUGUAAAACCAAUAAACGAGACCAUGUUCGAAGUCAUUGAACUAACCAGAUCAUGGGUCAUCAACCUGAAGGAGAAAACAUGCAGUUGCAACAGAUUCCAACUUGAUGAGUUACCGUGUGCUCAUGCGCUUGCUGUUAUAAAAGAGAUGAACUUGAAUGUUUACAACUACUGUUCGGGUUAUUACACCACGCGAACAUGGCUUGAAACAUACAGCGGCUCAACAUAUCCGGUACACAAUCACACAACUUGGGAUGUGCCACAAAACAUAAAAGAUAUCAUUGUUCUGCCACCAAACCAAAAAAUAAGAUCUGGAAGACCAAGGAAACGAAGGUUUUUAUCUGAAUGGGAUACAAAAAAACAUAACAGGUGCGGCAAAUGUGGACAACACGGACACAAUCGAAAGACAUGCAACAAUCAAGCAAUAAAAUAGAUACAUAUGAAAUAUUUGAAUUGUUUAAUUUUGUGUGCAAAUUCAAAUAGGUUGAUCUGUGAUGUUCUAAAUACAUGGGAUUUCAUUUUUAUGAAAUUUGAAACAGUUUUUUAAUAGUUUCAAAAUCGUUUUGUUACA